AUGAAUUGCAUCAAAAAUGGACCGCUAUGGUGCCUGCUCAUGAUUCUAACAAAAGUAUCCGAGUCAAAGCGAGUUCCUGCAAAAGAUCACUCAGAAAGACUGUAUUUCGCGAUCGAGACGGAUUUAAACAUGACAAGUGUCAUAGGAAUGCAUCCAGACUGGAAUUACGAACAUGAGGUCCGUGGCCUAGACAAUCAUUACGUGUUUUCUAAGUCUUUAACAGAUGUUCAAAAGAGAGAGUUCGAUGACAAUGUUUUGUUGGAUGGUAUUACUGCAUUCCACAAUUUACCACCUAAAAGACUGCAUAAAAGGCUUCCAGUUCCCGAUCUACCGGCAGAAAUGCCUAGCGAUUCCAGCCUCAUUCCUAUGAGCUUAGCAAAAGAAAAGCUCGAAAUCAGCGAUCCUGCUUUUGACCAACAAUGGCACUUAAUUAACACCAACUUUCCAGGUAAUGACGUUAAUGUCUCGAAUCUUUGGUUUCAAAAUAUUACCGGCUUCAAUGUUGUGGCAGCUAUUGUGGACGAUGGGCUAGACUACGAAAGUGAGGAUCUGAGGGACAACUUCAGUCCUGAAGGAUCAUGGGAUUUCAACAACAACGAACCCUUACCGAAACCUCGGCUAAAUGACGACUACCAUGGAACUAGGUGUGCUGGGGAAAUUGCGGCGGUGAAGAACGAUGUCUGCGGGAUUGGCGUGGCGUAUAAUGCCAAAGUCUCGGGUAUUAGAAUAUUAUCGGGAGAGAUCACAUCUGAGGAUGAAGCGGCAUCGCUUAUUUAUGGCUUGGAUGUGAAUGACAUCUACUCAUGCUCUUGGGGACCCUCAGAUGAUGGGAGGACAUUGCAAGGGCCUGAUGAGCUGGUCAAAAAAGCAUUAGUGAAAGGCGUUUUAGAUGGAAGAAACAAGAAAGGAGCUGUUUAUGUUUUUGCAAGUGGGAAUGGUGGAAUGUUCGAUGAUAACUGUAAUUAUGAUGGCUACACUAACUCAAUAUAUUCUAUCACAGUGGGGGCCAUCGACCAUAAGGGCCUUCACCCGCCGUAUUCUGAGGCCUGCUCUGCAGUAAUGGUAGUGACGUAUUCUUCUGGCUCGGGAGAAUAUAUUCAUUCCACAGAUAUCAAAGGUAAGUGUAGUAAUACGCAUGGCGGAACGUCUGCAGCUGCACCUCUAGCAGCUGGCGUUUUUGCCCUUGUUUUAGAGGCAAACCCGGAUUUGACCUGGAGAGACAUGCAGUAUCUUGUGAUUCUUUCUUCUGUUGAAAUUAAUGAAGGCGAUGGGAACUGGCAACAUGGUGCUCUAGGUAAAAGAUACUCACACCGCUAUGGUUACGGAAAGUUAGAUGCCUACAGAAUCGUAGACAUGGCUCGUUCAUGGACGAAUGUUAAUCCACAGUCAUGGUACUAUUCAAAUGAAGAGGUGACUGACCAGUUCACAAACUCAACUGAUACAACUUUGGAAUCGACAAUUGAAAUCACUGAUAUGGAUCUCAGUGAUGCCAAUUUAAAAAGAGUUGAGCACAUUACUGUAACCGUUGAUAUCGAAACUGAUUUUAGAGGUCACACUCUAAUCGAUCUAAUUUCUCCAGAAGGAAUAACUUCAAAUUUAGGAGUUCUGAGGAGAAUGGAUAAAUCCAAAGAAGGAUUUCGCGACUGGACGUUCAUGUCUGUAGCACAUUGGGGCGAAAAAGGGGCUGGAGAAUGGAAACUUCAAGUGAGAACCACGAAUGAGGGUGAUGGAGUUAAACUAAACAGGUGGAACCUAAAGAUUUUCGGUGAAUCCUUGGAAGCUUCCCGUGCCCAAACUUUCAGCUAUGGUGAUGAUAAAGACGAAACUAGCAUAGCUACGGUGAGUACUCAAGCUUCGGAAACUGAAAGUCUCACACAAAUUAUGACAAGUUCUGCAACGGAUUCCGAAAGCUCUAUCCGUACUUCGAGUCUAUUGACUGCGGAGCCUACUGUGUCAACUUCAGCGGCCUCAUCAUACUUACAAACUUCAAGUCCUUCACCAAUUCCUACUCAUGACGGGGACGACUACGAUACUAAUCAAGCGAAUCGGUUGUCUCGUCCAGCUGACGCUAUGCAUUAUUUUGUGGCACUCUUUAUUCUGGGUUCAGCAUUCUUCCUUUUGUACUUCGUUUUUUUUGUGAGAUCCAGAAGGCGGAUUAGAAGAAGCAGAGCAGAAGCUUAUGAAUUUGAUAUCAUCGAUUCAGACUCAGAAUAUGAUUCGUCCAUGGACAAUGCGACCAAUGCGAGCGCCAACAUGCUUGGUGAUUCCAUACCUGAAGAUUUCGACUUUGACUUGUCAGAUGAAGAACUGCUGGCAGCAUCUGCAGCGACAUCAUCUACUCCCGACAAUAAGAAAGCAUCUAACACGCUAGACGAAAUAAUCGAAGAUGCUUACGAUGACAGAGCACCCCUAAAUGCAUCUUCAGAACAAACACAAUCAUUAGAGAAAACAUCAGGAGAUAUCAAACCAAAAUGA